CCCAGCCCAGCCCCAGUCCCACGGCCUCCGCUCCCUGGAGACACUGCAUCUCCACCCUUGGAGGCCAUGGAGCUUUCCAGAACACCCUCAGGCCUGGGUGGGGGUCGGGGGACCCUCUCUGUGCUGCUGCUGCUUCUGGUUCCCACCGCCACCCUCAGUGCGGCCGCGAUCUCGGCACCCCCAGAGUGUGGAAGGCCGCAGCAGCUGAGCAGGGUCGUGGGUGGCCAGGACAGUAGGGACGCUGAGUGGCCUUGGAUCGUGAGCAUCCGCAAGAAUGGCACCCACCACUGCGCGGGCUCCCUGCUCACCAGGCACUGGGUGGUCACUGCUGCCCACUGCUUCAAGGGUUAUCUGGAUGAGCUCUCCCUGUUCUCCGUGCUGCUGGGGGCCUGGGAAUUGGAGAACCCAGGCCCUCGGGCCCAGCAGGUGGGCAUCGCCUGGGUGCUGCCCCACCCCCGGUAUUCCUGGAAGGAGGCCGCGGGCGCAGACAUCGCCCUGGUGCGCCUCGAUGCCCCCAUCCAGUUCUCAGAGCGGGUCCUGCCCAUCUGCCUUCCGGAUGCUUCUGUCCGUCUCCCACCACACACCCAGUGCUGGAUCGCAGGCUGGGGGAGCAUCCGUGAUGGAGUGCCCCUGCCCCACCCUCAGACCCUGCAGAAGCUGAGGGUGCCCAUCAUCGACUCAGAGAUCUGCAGCCUCCUGUACUGGCGGGGAGCGGGGCAAGAAGCCAUCACCAAUGACAUGCUGUGUGCGGGGUACCUGGAAGGGCAGCGGGAUGCUUGCCUGGGUGACUCCGGAGGUCCCCUCAUGUGCCAGAUCGAGGGCUCCUGGCUGCUCGGGGGCAUCAUCAGCUGGGGCGAGGGCUGCGCAGAGCGAAACAGACCCGGCGUUUACACCAACCUCCUGGCCCACCGCUCCUGGGUGCAGAGGGUCGUGCAAGGGGUGCAGCUCCGCGGGCGCUCGAGGGGCGGAGGGCAGACCCCGUCCCCAGCGGGGAGGCGAGGGAUUCGGGAGACCCCGGACCACCUGCCACUUCCUCCCUUGUAAAUAGAUCAUUCGCCUCCGGGGGGCGCUCGCGGGCUGUGCCAGGUAGAGGCCACGCCCACCGACCCGGACCACGCCCACAUAGAGCCACGCCCUCAGACCACGGCCACGCCUCCUCGGCAGCGGUCACCUGUGUGUAAAUACGUUGUUUCUGAUUUUUACAGUGCUUUGUAAUCCUGCCCCCAUAUUUAUUCUCCCGGUUCCAAUAAAUUAUUUA